UCCGCCCCCUUCACAAUGCCUGCCCGUGCUGUGGCACCUGUGGCUGAGUCAGAGGUCCCACCCUGCGUCUCUAUCGUGUCCCACCAGUUGGCAGAGGUGGACGGCAGCCUCCGCACCCUUGGGAAUCCCCCCCACCCCACGGUGUCGCCGGGUCCAAAAUGGCAGCUGCGGGUGAAACAGCGCCUAGCAGCUUCUCCCUCCACGUCUGCAAGGACGCUGGCCACUUGCCAGACGUCGCAGGCGCCAGGCUUGCACCCGAGUUCCGCCGCCUACACCGAGGUCUACGCCACGGGCUGCAGAGUCCAGGCCGGCAUCUACGCAGCAAACAUGGCUCCCUACACCAUUGUCUACUUCCCAGUUCGAGGGCGCUGUGAGGCCAUUCGCAUGCUGCUGGCUGACCAGGGCCAGAGCUGGAAGGAGGAGGUGGUGACCAUGGAGUCCUGGAUGCAGGGCCAGCUCAGGGCUUCCUGUCUGUAUGGGCAGCUCCCCAAGUUCCAGGACGGAGACCUCACCCUGUACCAGUCUAAUGCCAUCCUGCGCCACCUGGGCCGUUCCCUUGGGCUCUACGGGAAGGACCAGCGGGAAGCAGCCCUGGUGGACAUGGUGAAUGACGGUGUGGAGGACCUCCGCUGCAAAUAUGUUACCUUCAUCUACACCAACUACGAGGCAGGCAAGAAUGAAUAUGUGAAGGCACUGCCUGGGCAUCUGAAACCUUUCGAGACUCUGCUGUCCAAGAACCAGGGGGGCAAGGCUUUCAUUGUGGGUGACCAGAUCUCCUUCGCUGACUACAACCUGCUGGGGUUGCUGCUGAACCACCAGGUUCUGGCCCCUGGCUGCCUGGAUGCUUUCCCCCUGCUCUCGGCCUAUGUGGCACGCCUCAGUGCCAGGCCCAAACUCAAGGCCUUCCUGGCCUCCCCAGAUCACGUGAACCGGCCCAUCAAUGGAAAUGGCAAACAGUGAAGUCUCAUGGGCCCUUGGAGGAGUCAGGGGUACUCACCUCCCUUUCCCCAGGACCAAUAAACUUUCUAAGACCAAA